AUGUCGCCAAACAUGCAGAAUUUCCACCCGCGCUAUCGUGGCUCCGUCGUUGGGAUCUUGUCUGCUUUCUUUAGCGCCGGGCCUGCUUUAUUUGCGCGAAUCUAUGACGAAUGCUUCGUCAACGGUCACAUCCACGGCGACCAAGACAACCAAGAUCUGAAGGGUUUCUACUCGAUGUCAGCCAUUUGUUUCGCGGUUGUUAAUGCCUUCGGUGUCAUCUUCUUGACAAAGCACCCAUACGAAGGCAUGGAAAGCCAGCAGUUAGUGAUCAACGACGAGUUGGACAAAGGCGGCAUCAAAGGUGACGAAAGCAGGCAAACAUCCAAACCGGAAGUCAACAUAACCGGCUUGAAGCUCCUAAAAAAUUUUGAUUUCCACUUCCUGCUGUGGGCGUUCAUUUUUUGCGCCUCACUACAGCUCAUGUUUCAAAAUAACAUAACAACUUACUUAAAAUCUUUCAACCUGGAGCAGUACAGCACCUUGUUUACCGUGCUUGUACCGGUGUCGGCGACAACGUCGAAAGUGUUCGUAGGUUUCAUGACAGAUGCACUGAUCCAUCGCUUCCCUUCGAAUUGGAUUUUCAAACGGCUCCACCUGGUGUCUCACACCGACAAUGACCAACGAGUUUUUUGGCAUUAA